UAUUCCAAUAGACUUUUAUUGUUACUUUGCUCCUCGCACUGAUAAAUGCCAUGUUGCUGCGUUGUUCUCCGGCAUUUGCUUUGCAUGGUUUUUCGUUCGGUGCAGAACCAAAUGAAACAAACUAACACCAUCACCGAGUGCUGAUGUAUCGCAUCCAAAGUGAAAAACUAACAAAUACAAUUAGAAUAUUUGCAUAGUGACCAAUGGGUUUUACCGAUUCAAUGGCCAUUAGCAGACAUUGUGUGUUUCAUAAUAAGUUUUUAAUUAAAUUAACCAUUUGAAGCGCAUGCAUACGGUAUGCAUUGCAACCCGCUGCUUCUGCUGCUGCUGACAACGCAAUAAUUAUAUAGUGGUCAUUUGAGAGCUAUAUUAAACGGAGGGCUAUUUUUGGAGUGUAAUUUAUUCUAAAAAUAAAAAUCCCACCAGAUAUUAUUUCUAAAUUUAAUUUUUUUUUAUUGAGUUAAGUCAUUGCGUGUGCUCACACGAUUUAUGUGUUUAUUGUGAUAAGGCUAUCGAAUUCAAGUGAUAAAAACAAAUAAAACAUAACAACCGUAUAAUGGACAAAUUACAUUCAUAUCAAGGUUGGAUCGGUCGAUUUCAUGAGUGGCGAGAAUCGUUUCGCGACCGUUUUUCCAAUUGGAGACAAGAAAAUCCCGAAACUGUCAUCGAACUAUUGAAAAAGAAAGUUUACAAUGAAUCGUCGAGCUGUGCUGAUGCCGAUUAUUCCCACAGACACAGAACAAAAACACGGUCUGAGUUGCUUCGAGUUUCGGCCGCUGUAAUGGGUAUCGAAUUUUCGUAUGCGGCAGAAACGGCCUUCGUUUCACCAACCCUUCUAAGCAUUGGCGUUCAACAUCAGCAUAUGACAUUGGUAUGGGCACUAUCGCCAUUAGUUGGAUUCUUUUUAACGCCGAUUAUGGGUUCGUUCAGCGAUCGAUGUCGACUGAACCUGGGACGUCGAAGGCCAUUCAUAAUAUUAUUUUCAAUCGGCAUAUUUAUCGGCUUGCUGAUGGUACCAAAUGGUGAAAGUAUCGGUUAUGCUAUGGGCGAUUUCAAUCCGUACGAAACGAACGAAACUGUAAUAAAGUCUUCGGUGUUAGCACAUCGUGCGACGGCUUCUGAAACGAAAAUAGUCCACGUUUCGAAUACAUCGCAUCCAUGGGGAGUAUUCUUUACUAUAAUCGGAACGGUUUUAUUGGAUUUCGAUGCUGAUGCAUGCCAAAGUCCAGCUCGUGCUUAUUUGCUCGAUGUCACUGUGCCGGGGGAUCAUGCAAAAGGUUUGUCAACGUUCACAAUAAUGGCGGGAUUAGGCGGCUUCAUGGGCUAUUCACUCGGCGCCAUCAACUGGGAAGAAACGUCUUUUGGUGUAAUGUUGGGUGGGCACGUUAGGGCCGUAUUCACAUUGGUUACCAUUAUAUUUAUCGGUUGCGUUAUCGUGACACUGAACAGUUUUCGUGAAAUUCCGCUAUGGAGAUUAGAGUCAGUGUCCCAAAGCAUUGUCGUGAUUGACGAAUGCGACGAUGCAAAACCCGAUUCAAAUGAACAAUCUGCACUUAACGAAAGACUUCAAGCACCCGAUCCAAUUAACCGGACAACUUCUUACGGAGCCUUAUCGAACGAAUGCCUCGAAGUACCAAAACAAACAGGAAAUCAUCGGAGAUUCACAAUGCCAGCACUUCAACACACUGAAACGGUAACAGUGAAUGAGCCAGAGGUUGAGGCUGAGACGACGUUUACUGGAGACAAUGUGAAAACAACAACACUGCCAACUGGAGAAGAGGAGCCUAUUGCAUCUUUUGAUCAGUACCUAAUGUCAAUCAUCUACAUGCCACAUUCUUUGCGAAUGGUCUGUCUCACGAAUUUAUUCUGCUGGAUGGCACAUGUCUGUUAUUCAUUAUACUUUACGGAUUUCGUUGGUGAAGCCGUCUUCCAUGGCGAUCCAAAAGCUGCUGAAGGAUCGGAAUCGUAUGCGCUCUACGAGGAAGGUGUGCGUUUUGGAUGCUGGGGAAUGGCAAUGUAUUCGCUAUCUUGUGCGUGCUAUUCGCUAAUUAUUGAAAAACUGAUUCGUAAUUAUGGGGCGAAGAGAGUAUAUAUUGGUGGACUUUUAUUCUACAGCUGUGGCAUGUGUAUAUUGGCUUUGACAAAAGCGCCAUCCAGUGUUAUCAUCUUCAGUUGGUGUGCGGGCAUCAUGUAUUCAACGCUUUUCACAAUGCCAUAUUUAUUGGUCGCUCAUUACCAUUCAGAGGGAUGUUUUGCAGUUGACGCAUCAAAUUCACAAGGAGCACAAAUUCGAGGAUUGGGAACAGAUAUUGCUAUUGUCAGUAGCAUGGUUUUCUUAGCACAAUUCAUUUUAUCGCUGUGCAUGGGAACGAUUGUCAAAUGGUCGGGCACAACCACUGCUGUUGUUUCGAUGGCCAGCUUUCUAAGUUUUUGCGGUGCAAUUAGUGCCACACAAGUUAUCUACCUAGAUUUAUAGGUAAAAAGCUAAAAUGUUCUUCUUAUUAUAAUCAUACACUUUAUUCGAUUAGAAAUACAUUCACUUGUUACAUUUGCAAUAAUAAUUCAUACAUCCUUUUGCAAGUGUAAAAUUGUUUUCGCUGCCAUUUUAAGAAAUCUUUACAAAAUAAUUUAUGUGUCAUAAUUUUGAUGUAUUGAUUAUAAAAUAACAAGAAACUGUUCUAUAUUUUAAUCCAUUGAUGUUGUCUCCUUUUGUCAAACGAAAUUUAACUCGGAAAUGAGAUCAAAUAAAAUAUCGGUCUGUUUUAUGUGCAUAAAAAAUAAAUUGACUUCGAUCGAAUUCUAUCAGGUUUUGUUUCAAAA